AGUAGUAUAGGUGAGAUGUGCGCAUUCACCGGGGAUGUCAGAUUGGGAAGGCGAUGUCUAGCACUGCGCAUGCGUCAGCCGCCAUAUUGUUGCCUCGUGAACAAAACAACUCGCUUGUGGAGGAUUUUCCUGCUAAUAGACCGUCUGUUAAAAAUUCUCAUAGACUAUGAGCAACGACGGGUGAUCAUGAGUGACUCGGGUAUUUGCAAUAGCCCAGGGCGUCAAAGAAGAUCAACUGAAAGAAGCAGGGAAAAUAUCCGAGAAUAUGUUAAGUUACUUGGUAAGAAAGUUUCAGAUUCUUCCUCAGGACCAAAAUCUCCUCGAUCUUUAAAAGAGGGAAAGUCACCCGUGGGUUCCACAUCAUCAAAACUGCAAUCAGAUGAAGAGCAGUUGGAAGGAGAGUCAUCACCAACACAAUUGAGUUCGCCUGGGAGAAAAGAGUUAUCAUUAAAAGAAAAAGUAAUGAAGAAGGCUUCUAUAUCUCCAGGAAAAUCUCCCAAAGCAAAAAGGAAGUUGGAAACAGAAAUUAUAUCUACUUUUGGCCUGGAUUUUGUAUGUGAUGAUGAGGUGAAUGAAAACUUAGAUGAUUCAAAAAUGGAAAAUCAGCCUCUUGAUGUUACAGAUAAGGUAACCUCUGGUGAGAAGUCAAUAAUGGCUGAUGAAGGAAGUGUUUCAUCCUUAGAAAAGCAUGAAGAGACAAAACAAAACAGCCAGAAUCUGAAAGAAGGUAAGGAUGCAAUAUGUGUUAUUUCAAAUACUGACCUGACUCAAGGUUUUUGUGGAUUUGACACAAAAGUACAGAGCCAGCAGAAAGGCAAAGAAGCAAGUAAGGUUUCCUCCACUAUUACCCCAAUUAAGAAAUCAACACCAAAAUCUGAAAAGACAGAAGCAAAAAGUGAUUCUCCCCCUGAUUUAGUUCUCUUCCUGAAAGAGGGACGUGGUAGAGCACAAAACUGGACUGAUCCGCCCACUCUCGAUCCAGAAAGUAUUGCAACCAGAAGACGUACACGAGUUCCGGAAGAUCUAAAAGCAUUAGCUUUGAGUAAAAUGAAAUGUACAAUGCAAGACAAGAAUAAGAAAGACAGUAAAGAAGUACAAAAAAAGGAUGGGAAAAAAGACAAAAAGAACAAAGUAAUGGACACACCUGAGUCACUGAAGAGACUUGCGCAACAUUACCCAAUUAAAGAUUCGGGCAAAUCAUCAAGUACAAAUAAACAGGAAAGUCAUGAAAGUACAACCAGUAAUGAAAUAAAAAUUUUGAAAAAAGUCAUUGCAAAGAACAUAACAGAAAGUGAGAGUAAGACAAAAUUAAGUGAGUCAUCAUCUAGUUCUGAUGAUGGACUAGAAAGCAAUAUUGUGAAGAGACAAAAAAGAAAGAAGAAAGCCAUGUAUGAUGUGCCCUCAGCAAUCAUGGUUGAUAUUACCAAAGAUGAUCAAGUUCUUCAAUCCUCAAAAGAAGCUCAAAUUUCAAAGACUAGCUACUUGAAUUUAGAUAACAUUUUGCAUCAAGUGUCUGAGAAUAAGGCUGAGAGUAGAAUACCUGUUGUGAUUAUGUCAAAUUCUGAAAAAGUCGAUAGAGAAAUUAAAGCCAUGCCAAGAAGUAAGAAGAAAGGUGAGUGUGAUGGGCAAGCAGACAAAGCUGUGUUAAAGAUGGCCCUGUCUCAAAAAUCCUCUGGUAUUGAUAUAAAAUAUAUAAAAGGAUAUUCACUGGUGGAAAGUAGGGCUUCUAGUAAACAUAAACAGAAGGACCUGAAGUGUUUUAAAGAAGCUUUUAGAAUAACUGAACUGAAACCUGGAGAAAGUGGUCUUGAUAUAAGCCAACGAAAUGUCAUUGAUGAUGUGCUCACUACAAAAGAAAAUACUGAUAACUGUGAUAAUAAUCCUAGACAGAGUGAUGUAAGUGAAGUAAGUCAAAUAAAUGAAGACGAUAUUCCUACAAAGCUUCAAGACCCUAGAAAUAAUGACACUGAAGGAAAUAAUCCUGUUCCAAAACUUGCAAAUAGCAGCAGUGCUACAACUUCUAAUGCUGUAUUUACAUCAUCAUUGUUAACACCUGGAGUUUCAAGUCCACAUAAACCACCUCUUGUGGUGAGUGUUGCAGAUUUUCUUUCCUUACGGUUGGCAACUGUGAAUUCUGGGGCUUCCACUUUCUCUCCAAGAAAGUUGAAUCUGAAACUACCAAGUUUAAAGGGUAUGACAGCUGAACAGAUCCUGAAGAAUACUAUAGGCAUUGGAAAGGAUUCUCUUAUUAUUAAAGGAGGGAUUCUUAACAGUGUACCCAAGACCAUUUUGAAUACAGGGGAUGAGAGGUCACAGACUCCCCAAAAUGCUACCAAUCAGCAGUGCACUUUAUCUUCACAAAGAGGCCCUCUGCUGGACUAUACUGAUAUUGAAACUGAGGAAGUAGUAGUUGGAGGAGAGACUGAUGAUUCCAGUGGACAGACAUUAAAUGUGGGUGAACUUUCAACAGAAAUUAGUUUGUUGGCUACUGAAGAGCUUGACAGUAGCAGUGAGGAUGAUAGUAACAAGGCACCUGAGCCUCUUCCUACAGUUAAGAAAGAAAUGAUGUCCCCUGAAGGGAGAGUUGCUCUUGACCAUUCAUACUCAUCAGGGAGCUUAGAAAAGACAAAGGGGUCUAACAGUGCUCGCAAAAAGUCACCCGUUACAUAUGAAAAGUCUCUAACUCCUCGGCCAGUUUACAGUAGUGCCAGUCUGGCCAAACGCUCACUUGAUAUCAUGAUGCACAAUGACAAGAUCAACAUAUUGCGACAGAUGAGUCAAAUUUUCAACCACGAAAAGCCAGUCCAGCCAGACACAGAUAAUACAGUGUCAAGUUCUGAUGGAGAAGGUGAAGAAGAUGUAAAAGAGAAUCAAAAUAAAUCAGAUAGUACUACACAAAAUAAAACAGGAAAAAAAAGAAAGACAUCUUCCAAUACUGAGAAUAAUAAUACAAAUGUGAGAGAACAUUUAAUAGAAUCUUCUGAUAAUGAUGGAAUAUUAGAAACAAGUUCAAGUUCUAGAGCAGUUAGUAAGGAUUUAACAGAACUUGACACAGCAUCAUCUUCACUCACUACUUCUAGUAAGGUUGAUGCUUCACCGUCCAAGAUAAUGGUACAUUCUGAUGAAGACAUUGCUAGAGAAGAAAAUACCCCUGAACAAAGUGAAAAUGUUCCAAAAGAUUUUUCCAAUUCUUGUGUAGACUCUGAAAAUGGAGAUGAGACGAACCCUAGUGAUAUGUGUGUCACACCAAAAAAGAAUACGAAGAGAAUUGUUACUGCAGACAGUCCAUUUCUUGGCUUCCCAGAUCCAAGUACUAAGGUGCAUCAUGUACCGGUUUAUUCUGUAGCACCAGAUGAAAUGAUCCACGUUCAGAGCCAUGUGGGCCCUGGGGGAGAGGUCGUAGAUAUAGUGGAUGGCUUUGCAUUUAUUUCAUUUAAUACACAGGAAGAGAUGACUGCCUACACACAUAAGCAGAAUACAAGAGGUGAGAGAGGUCAUCAUCCGUGGCUUAAGAAAAAGCGAAAAAAGCGAAAGAAGUUACUGAUCAGGAGUAAGAAACAUCAGCACCUUGGUAAACAUGAAGCACAAGAUAUGAGUGAAAGCAGUUCACAGUUGUCAAAAGAAAUAAGUAGUAAUGACACUGGAGCCUUUGCAAGUAAUGACUUAGACACUUACCUGGAUCAUAAUUCUCAUCUGAACAUCAGCUAUACAAUUCCAAAGUGCAAAGCCACUGAAGAGGGAGUCACAAGACUUGAUGAUGAUGGAAUUCCCCAAGAUAAUAAGACACUGCAAAUUCCUGCGCAGGUUCCUGAAUCAAUCUUAAUGGAGUCCCACUCUAGUGAGUCAUUUGACACAAGCAACGUACAAGCCUCAAAUGGAGAUACUGUAUCCGACUCUGUACACCAAUAUGAAGAAGUGAAUGCUAUUGAUAUACUCUAUCCUAAAGAAAAAUAUAAAUACUAUUAUAAUAAAGAGUUGUGUAAGGAGACAAAAGCAGACGGCUCCAACGUGUUUGUACGCCGAGCAGGAAAGCUUGUUCCUUUAACGAGUGUCUUUAAGAGCCAUAAGCCUCCUGUAGGUGAGUCUAGUAACAAGAAAACUGUAGAACUAGUUUAUAUAUAUGAUAAAGGCAAGUUACUAACACUUGGAGGAUCAUUAACAAAGAUAAAUCCCUCUAAUUCUGACUCUGUAAGAGCUCGUGUCGUCCUGCCAGUUGGGAUACCACCGAUCUUAAAAGGAGAGAUUGUGCAAACCAGAGCAAAGGAGGUACAAGCCGUAGAGAUUAAUGAAGAUAUGGCAAAGUUUGCACUCUCAGCAUUGCAGAGCCCCAACCCAAGAGAAGAACGAUUAAUAAAAGCUUGCAAUAAUGAUGAAACUCCAGUAGUGGCAGAAGCUGAUGUAAGUGUCCCUCAAGAUAAGAAUGAUAAAACUGAUUGUGCAGAGAAAUGUGAAGAAAAGGAACCAAAUGCAAAAGUACCUGAAAAUGUCUUGCUUGUACCAACAAAACGGAAUAUUUUAGACAUCAUCGCUGCUAAGCUUGCUAUGUCCGAUGAAGAAAGUGAUGAAAAGGAGGAGGAAAAGACACUAAAUACUACUGAAAAGGCAGAAAAUAUAGCUGAGAAAGUAAAAAAUUCUGAGGAAAAAGAUGGAAAAGAAAAUAACAGUGAAAAUACAACAACGGUAGGGGAUAAAGAAACAAAAAAAGAUAUGGAGACUAAAAGUACAGUAGAAUGUGUAAUGACUGAUGAAAAACUUGAGAUGAAGAAAGAAGACUUGGUUGUAGAGUCACCAACACAAAAGAUCGUAGACCCAGAAGAGCAGCAGAUUGAUGAAAAAUGCAAACCUGAAACAGAAGAUAAAGAUGUGACAGCCUUAAACAAUAGUAAAGAUGAAAAUAAAGUGAAAGAUGAAGCCAGUGAAGAUGGAGUUACUGAAGAAACUACAAAUAAGAAUACAGAUGUUGACACAAAGGAACUCAAUAAGGUAACAGGUGAACUUGCAAUUAAGGAUGAAAAGGAUCAAAUCAAAGACUUAGUAGAAACCGAGAAAGAAUUGAAAGAAAAUAAUUCCAUGGAAACCACAGAUAAAGCAGACACCAAGGAAGUUGCAGAAGAAUUGAAAAACAUUUCAUCUAAUGAAGAUGACUUUGAAAAUGUACCUUGUGCUUUGAAGACUGAAAGUGAAGGUAAUUCUUCAUCAUCACAAGAAGAAAUUAAAGAAGAAAAUGCAGACAAAAAGCAGGUGACUUCAGUUCCUGAAGUGGCAGAAACUAACAAGACUGAGGACAUAAUUGCUCAGAAAGCUGGAGGGAAAUCCAGAGUUUUUAAGAAGAACAUGUACAGAUUCCCUUCAUUGUCCAGAGAGAUGAAACGACUUAACAUGAACUUCGUAAAAUAUGUUCCACAAGAGCACACACCAGAAGAAGAAAUGACAAAGGAAAGUGGACCUAAGGAAGAUUGUAACAAUGAACAUUGUAAACUCGGCUGUGUCUGCGACUCUUUGACUUGUCGACGAAGAAUUAUGGAUCACUGUGGUCGGAUGGAGUGUAUGUUUGAAUGCACUUGCCGUGAUGAGAAUUGGAAACAUUCAGUAUCAGGCACAGGAAGAACUAUGAAUGCUGUUUCCAUUUUCAACCUUGAUCGUGAGCAGAAUGAAGGUCUUGCUGUACGAGAGAAGGAUUUCAAGAGAACUGUAAUCCAGACUGGCUCCGAGGUAAUAUUGGUUGGAGCUGAAAGGAAGAAGAGAGAGCGUAAGAUCCCGGGGCGGUACCGAGACUCUGCUAUGUGGACAGGAACAGAUUAUGUUGCUGUGAAUAGUCCCAAUGCAAGUGAACCUGAACUUACCACACUUCCAGAAUUGCCAAGUAUCCCAUUAGCUGAAGCCUCAAGGUAUAUAAAGAGCUUCAGGUUGAAUGUUCCGUGGUAUGAUAUCAAAGGUAUCAGCAUCUGGUGCAUGGACCACUCUUGUUAUGACUGCCGGUGUCUCAAGGACCCCAGCUUCAGUGACUGUUCCAAGGAGGAAACUCAUAAGAAGAAUGAAAUACUCACCAGUAAUGACCAUUUUCCCAAUACAUCCAGUGCAUUAGAUGCUUUUGAGGAGGCUUUGAGGGAAAAAACUGGUGAAGGUUUGAUAUCACCACAAGAAUCUGAAGUAGUUCAUGUGAUUCCCCAGAAAAAAGCUUGCUGUACUAUUGUUAAUGUUAUUGUGAACAAUGCUGAAGCAAGGCGCAGAUACAGCUGGAAAUUAAAAGAUUGGUAUCACACAGUUGAAGAACAUUGUGCAAGAACAACUGGCUAUUCAAAACAAACAGUCUCUGAGGAAACUAAACAUUUAACACUUGUUGGUGUUGCUGCUAGAGAAAUUACCCCAGAACAAAUGGUGGAAACUGUUGUUAAAUCUCUCAGACAACCAAAGGAGAAACAGCCACUUCUUCAAAAUGGGGGAAAUUUUGUAUCUAUUAUGGAGGAUUCACAUAUUUUACAAAAUGCUUUGGGAGUUACCUCUGAACACGGUGAACUAAAAACUGACAAGCCAAAGACUGUUCAAGGAACAGUGCCCCUUGUGGACCUAACUGUAUCAAGUAACGUUGAUGGUAAGGACUCUUCACCUGUAUUGGGUAGAAUUCUCAAACAGCCAAAAACAAAGUCUAAAAAAGCAAAUUUUGAUUCUUCAAAAGACAUGAAAAUACUUGAAAAACGAAGAAUAAGUGGGUCAUUUGAUAUUUCAUCAGUUAGUCCAUCUGCCAAGAGGUCACGCCAAGAGGAUAUUAUUCGUCAACCAGCUUUGUCUCUAGGCUCAUUGUCUUCAUCUGUUGAGAGUGUUUGUCAAGAUGAAAAUAAGGCUGCCUUGACAACUGAAAGGGAAUGUGAAGGAGUCGCAAUUCUUGAUGGAAAGAGGCGAUUGAAAAGACCACUGUCACUACUGGAGAUGAUGGUUGCAGAAGAGAGGAGAGGCGAACUUGAACUGGACCUUUCUAACAACUUACCAGGAAAUGCAUUACUUGUUGCUGAGGCUCGCUUCAGAAAAUUGAUUAAUAUGAACAUUAUUGGGGUCAUUGGGAUCAAUAAAGCUGGAAGAUGUAUCAUUGGUACUGUUGACUCCUUAGAAUCCCUGAGCAUGAUGCAACGAAUCCAUAACAUGAUCAGCAAUAGCACCCUUGAUGUUGGACCUAAUAUGCGAGAAAUAUUUUUCCCCCCACCAUAUGUUGGAACAAGACCAAGGUUUGUCAUGAUUCGGUGUGAUAUAAACUGCAAGUGGGAGAUUGUUGGUGUGGUUCAAAAGAAAGGUCCAAGCAAAACUUCAAGGCCUCAUGAGCAAAAGACAAGAAUAGGUUUAAUGAACAAGUCGUCAUCAUUUGUACCCCAAGUCAUUGAUCUAGAAGAGGAAGAGAAGCAAAAGGAGCAAGAAAAAACAGAGAAACCUGAUGUAGUUGUAUUGCAUUCAGAAAAGGAGAAGCCAGAUGUAGUCAAUGAUUUGUUAUCUUUAGAGAAAGAUAGUGGAGCCUGGGAAGGUAGCUUACCCCUUAUAACAGGUGUGCAUAGUGUUUCAGAUUCUAACAUGGCUGAACUGAUUGGAUCUCCAGAAAGGGGAAGCAAUGAUUCAGUAGAGAUGCCUCCAUGUCAGAGUUCAUUGUCAGAAAGUAAACAGCCUUUCACAACAAAGGCACUUCCUGACUUAGUUCCAAUAUUUGCAAGUUCAGUGGAAGAAUAUAAUAGAGAAAUAUCACAAGUGAAGGAAAGUAUGGAGGCUCAGAAUGUUUUACCAGUAAGUACCAUUAGUACUGGAUCUUGUGAACAAGAGCAACAAGCUUAUAUAGCAACAACAGCUGCCAGUGCUGUAACAAAGACCACUAAUUCACUGUUUACACCAGUAACCUCUACGCCAGGCAUGAGAACGUUUACACUGAAUCAGAGUAGUGGCCGAGUGUUUGGUGAUUUGCCUGCAGAGGGUUCAUCACCUUUAACCUCUCAUACUGAAGCAUCACCAGUACUUCCUCAAGGAUGUUCACCACAGCCAGCUGUGUUGGGAUCUGGUCCAUCUGGGAAGUCAAGUGUCAUUCCACCAAAAGUAAUUCCAGGUUCCUCUCAUUACAUAUUAUCUAUACCUGAAAGUAGCUCCUCAGUUAAAGAUGAUGCUGAUAGCUCUGUAUCAAGGCCAAGUGACAUUCCACCUCAGAAUAAGAGUCUUCUCUCACCGAUUUUGCCAGCAAACACACCAGUGUGUAUUGCACCACAGACAAAAGUUGGAGAGUGUAGUAGCACUGUUGUUAGCCAAAAUUUAGCAGGCCCAUCAAUGCCCAACUCAAAAAUGCUUUACAUUCCAGUAAGUUCUGGAUGUUUUUCAAAGAUGAUGUUUGUGCCAACUGUGAGUGGAAUACCAUCAAACCGGAUGAUGCUACUACCCACAAUCCCAAGUGGUGGAGGUGGAGUGGACAGUGGCAAAUUGAAGAUGGUUCUUUUGCCAUCAGCUCAGGAGAGCAAUAAAAUGAUUCUUGUUCCAUCUUCUGCAGAGAAUAGUGAUGUUUUGGCAGGCAAUACACCUGCAACAAGUGUAACUAGUGACAGUGAAAAAAAGAAAAUGUUGGUCCUGCCUCCUACUGUGUUAAGUAAUCUAAUCUCCAAAACACCAAAUUUGGAACAGAGAUCUAAAAUUAUGUUUCCAAGACCUACAAUUAUCAACGAUUCUCAAACAUUUCAGUCAUCUUGUACAGGUACUCUUCUUGUACCCAUAAAACCUGCUGGAACUGUGUCACCUAAACUUGAUGAAAUUGUACCAUUUGGGAAAGCUGAAGAUAACACUAUGGGUGCAGAAGUUAAUAAAGAAAGUAGUGAUCAAGAUAAUUCUGAUGAUGUUGUUGUAAUAGGACCAGGAACUAAUAGUCUUACCAUUACUCGAGUAAGAACUGCAUCUGAGUCAACAUUUCCAAAAACAGACUCAAUCCCUAGAAGCUCUUGCACAUCUCCAUCAUUACAGAUACUGCCAACACCUCCAGUUUGUAGUGGCGGAACAGCUGAAACUAACGUUGUGUCUUCCGUAACAACAAUUACAAGUACAUUGCCUGGAAAUCCUGUCUCGGCCAAAAAAGACUCCAGUACUGUUGAGAUUCCAAGUGAUGUUUCAGCCAAAGCAAAGGGAAGUGAUACUCCAAAUUCAUCUGAAGAUAUGGUUAUUGUCAAAACAUCUUUGAAUGCUAUUCAAUUGAAUGCAUUACUGCAGAGUACACACAAGGAAUUACUUAAAGAUGGAGAUGGCUCCAGUGUUGCUCGUUCCAGUAAAACUUUGGAUCCCAAAGAAGUGCCAUGCAAAGAAGAAGAAAAAUUAUCUGAGGUUAAAAGUGAUCAAGUUUCUAGUGCAUCUCCUGCAAUAAAUGAAACUUUUGUUGCAGAUAGUGAGCAGAAAAGUAGUGAAGAGGUUGAAGAAGUGGGGAGUAAACAAGUGCCAAUAAAAAGGGGAGGGUACCAUUGGAGUGCUGUAGAUCUUUCUCUCAACUUCAAAAGUGUAAAGCUGGAAUGGCUUCUUGGUACUAUUAGAAAGAAUGUUUUAAUGAAUAUUUAUCAGAUGUCAUUGCAAACAAGCUCUCCGGUUACUCUAAGUGUGAAAAAUGGCACCUCCACUUCCAUGCUUUAUGGGUUAGCUAGAAGAGACCUUCUACUGCCAAUUCUUAUUUUGGGGUCUGUUGUUUCAGCUGUGAUGAGCUCAUCAUCCACACCUAAUGCCAACCUUUUUAAAGUUAAUGCCAUUAAAUACUUCAUAAGGGAAAAGACAGGAGAGCUUUCCUCAUAUACUUAUGAUAUUAGUGGAGACUUUUUAGUGAAACUAGCAUCAAAAAAAAGAGGAGAUGGAGGAGAAAUGAUAGGAAUUGGUGAAAAAGUUCCAAUACAGAAGAUGAGAGAACCAAUUUGUAGUGUUAAAGAUUCUAGUGCUAACACACAGUCAGGAGAGACAAAUGAAGGGAGCACUGACAAAAAAAGUGCAUUAGCAUGUAAGUCUAAAGUGCAUGAUUGUAGUUGUGCUGUAGUCGGAGAUUUUAUAUGUAUGGGACACAGUGCUCCACAAUGGAAGAAAAAUGAUUCUAUGGUGUCUUCAGCAAACAAUGAGUGUGUGUCCAGUAGACCUAAGUCAUCAUCAGAUCAAUCAUGCACCAUUCUUCAGAAAGCUGCACCAUCUUCCAUUUCUUCAGGUGGUGUUUCACCUCGAGAACUACCUCUCACUAAAGGCAGUAACAUAAAAUCAUCACCAGAGGCUGGUCUACAACUUCAAGGUUGUUCAACAAUGCCAGGUUCUGUUAUUGAUGAUUCAUGCCAUGAAAAAGAUAGCCAAGGAGAAAUUUUAUCAACAGAUCUCAGUUCUGUUGGUAAGGAUGAGGGGAAAUGUGUGAGUGAUAGUGAAUCUGAAUAUGUCUGCAAAGCUGAUGCCUUAAGUGACCAGGACAAACAAAAAAAUACCCCUAACAUUUUAGGCAUAAGGGGACUAGAUUUUCAAGAAGAUACUUUGAUUUGUUCAGCUGAAGAUGAAAAUGAGGAUAUCGACAUUUUAGGUGAUUUUGAUAUGGACUCGUCCAUGUCUUCACUACUAAAAAAACAGCUGAUUUAUGAAACUGCUCCAGGUCCAAAAACAAAAGGAAAUCAAGCUAGAACUCCUGGAGAGGUGGCCAAAAAUUUGCUAAGCAUGCAAGGAUCUAAACGCAAGAUUGAUGCUGUUUCUAAAAGUUAUGAACGCCCAUGUCCACGCUCCAAGAAACGUAUCCGGAAGACCCAGGCUAGAGGAGCUUUGUCUCCAACCACUCAUUUGGUUGAUCCACCAGAAUUAGAGGCUCUCAAAAUACCAGGAACUAAAACAGGUGAGACCUCACUUGACUUAUCAGCCCGCUGGCCAACACACCUGGCUCAUCUACGGCAGUCCCCAGCAGAGUUGGAUGUUAUAUCAGAUGAUGAACCCAAGCCUGGACCUUCCAGUUUAAAAACACCUUUAAAACCUAGAUUCGUGCUAGUCCAAGGCAAAUCAAGGUCAGGAAAAGGUAUUGCUCGAUUACAAAAAAAGAAAACUAAAAUCAUAGACGUGGAGAGUAUCACAGAAGAACGCAGUGCUGUCAUUCACAACGAAUUAGAAAGGAUGCGAAGACGAGUGAUGCGCCACUUAUUUGAUAAUCUUCAGGAAUGUGUGUCUUAUGUGCCAGCUAGUCCUUUAAUGGGUGAAACUGUUGCUCAGCCAAAGAUCACCAUCCUUAGCUCAGCACAAAAAGUGUGUGAAGGUCUGAGAAAGGAAGAAGCUAAACUCUGGUCCCAAGAAGAGGAAAUUAGAAAAGAGAGAAGCCUUUUGAUAAAAAAAUUGGCAUCUGUUAUUGCUGAGACCUCAGAAGAUACAAGACUUAAGUGGAGACAGUGGGUUCGAAAUAAUAUGCAGAAUCCAACUGCAAGACAAGUAUUUGAGAAACAGUGGAAGCCUACUGACCUUGAGAAGGAUGCUUUUAGCCUUUCAUCAAAUGAAUCAAGUUUUGAUUUGGAUUUAGAUGAUGGCAGUCCUCUCCCAACUCCUGCAUCACCUCAUGUGGUUUUAGAUGGGCCUACACCUUCUGUUCCUUUGAGAGCACACACCAGCAGAGAAAAAACAGAGAUAAGUACUGAAAAAAAAUUUAAGAAGAAAUUAGGUAGACCUCAGAAACUGGUUCUUGACAGUAGGUACCAGGGUAUGAAUAUUAGCUCAGAGGCAGCCAGCUCUAUUCCAACAAGUAUACUUCUCAUGGCUGGUACCAGUUCACGUGGGAGAAAGAUUCUUCGUAAGGAAGAUACCAAUUUUGUAACCUCUUAGUGGCAACCCAGUGUGAUUGCAGCCCAUUCUUUGUUAAGGAAUUUUAAGAGUGUUUUCUGUCAUUUUAUUUAAAAAAAUAUUUAUAUCACAUUUGUAAUUAAAAUUUAAAAGAUUUGCAUUUCAUAGGUCACCUUUGUGUAAAGCUUUUUAAGUUUCAUGAUUUUAUGAUCCUUUGCAGAGUUAAGAGGAUAAUUUAGAUCAUGGCACUAUAAGGCAACAGUUAAAGCUUUGUUUCUGUUGCACAUUCAUUAGGAUGUGAAUACUGUAUAUCGAUAAAACCAUCAUGAAGCUUUAUGAUCGGACUAUACAAACCACGGAACAUGAAGGAUUAACAGUACUGUAUAUACACUGUAUAAGAGGUGAAUGUAAGUCAUUGUAUACCAAAGACCUGUAAAUAAAAAAUAUAUGCUUAUUCUUA